AUGCAGUGGAAAACUUUCGCUCUCUCACUCGCCCUCGCUGCACAAAAUGUGCAAAGCUCUCCAGCGAGUGGGCUGGAGGCUCGUCAGUUUGCGCAAGCAGCUAUGAUGCGCUUCCAAUGCUCCCAGCUGGUCCUCGACCGUAUCGAUCCCUUGGUCGAGCCUGGAUCUGCCCCGUCUGCUCAUCUCCAUCAAAUCGUCGGCGGGAACAGUUUUAACAUAUCCAUGAAGUCCCUUGAAUACGAUCCUUCUACUCUCUCCACGUGUACCACAUGCGACUAUAGCGAGGACUUCUCAAACUACUGGACAGCAAAUCUCUAUUUCCGCGCCCGCAACGGCACUUUCAAGCGCGUGCCUCAAAUGGUCAACUUGGGACUCAGCGGACGCGAGGGUGUCACUGUCUACUACAUUCCCCCCUACGACGGAAAAAGCAAAGUCACUGCCUUCCCCAGAGGCUUCAGAAUGCUCGCCGGUGACGCGACAAAGCGCUCGAAAGAAGGAAUGCAGAAGCAAAUCUGCCAUCGCUGCUUCUCAAAUAAGCAGCAGAACCCUUUUGGAGGCGCGCCCUGCACUGGCGAUGAUACGGUCGAAUUGCCCAAGAAGAUGUGUGGUGGUGGUAUUAGAACGACUAUUACCUUCCCUACGUGCUGGGAUGGUGUCAAUCUUGAUAGCCCUUCUCACAAAGAACAUGUGGCCUAUCCCACCUCGGGCAGUUUUGAGUCUGGCGGCGCAUGCCCUUCUACCCAUCCUGUUAAACUGCCACAACUGAUGUACGAGGUGAUGUGGGACACUACUGUGUUUAAUGACAAAAAUCUGUGGCCUGAAAGUGGCUCGCAGCCGUUUGUGUACUCAAUGGGUGAUGGUACUGGAUACGGACAGCAUGGAGACUAUCUCUUCGGGUGGAAAGACGGUGUGCUGCAGAAGGCGCUUGAUGCCAGGUGCAGCGGGAAUGCUUGCAAGACGCUAAAGACCCAGACUGCAAACCAAGCUACGCAGUGCUCGAAGGCGCAGGCUGUCAAGGAGCCAGUCAACGAAUGGCUUACCAAACUUCCUGGUGAUCAAACUGUGACUUUCUGA